UCUGCAGAGCAGCCCCCUCCAUUAGCAGUGAUGCAUCCUGAGAGAGAACCACCCUCUGUGGCCAUCAUGCCUUUGAGAAACACCCACCACCAGCAAAUGCAUCACAGGAGGAGAACCAAGAGGAUGGAGAGGGGGAAACCUGGACUGCGCUCCAAGAAACUGGCCAUUCUGUCCCAGUCACUCAUCAUAUGCAGCUCCAGCACCAAUAAGGAUGGGUCCAGCCCAGAGGAGAGGUACUGUGAGCCCUGGGAUGGUGGUCUUGACGAGGGAUACUACAGAGAGCCAUUGGAAGAGGCUCUUGGAAAUUCUGAAAGGUAUAUCACAAGGAGCAUCAGUGUACAGGCCCCUAUGCAAGCAUCUCAGAGUGGCCAAGAGGGCCCCAAAAGAUCAAUAAGGAGGUCCUUCUCCAUUAAGGAAAGCAGUUUGUGGAGAAUGUGUGUUGCCACACGGGAAGAGGCUCUACAAGUGGAUGAUAAACCCCAAUCUGGUGACAAUGGUGGUACUGUUGCUCAAGAUUUACACAGGGACACUAAUGUCUACUUUGGAGAAAGGCUUUCCCCAUUUAACGGACAGGUUAUAAAGGAUCACACAAAACUGGAGCCUGAUGCAGAGAGAAAAUGCACCCUGAAGACUAUCCAUAGAACUGCUAGUACUGAAGAGUUCCCUCCUUGUGAAAGCACAGCACUCUUCACAAAUGUCAAUAUAUCAGACGAGUUUGGCUAUGGUUAUGGAGAAAAGGAGACAAUGGGAAACAACAAUAACUUGAAGCUGCCAGUUAUUCGAGUGUCAGAAGAUGACAGCAAGAACUGUAAAAAUGAGAGCGAGGAUCCGCACUGUCAAGAAACGUCCUGCAAGAGAUCACGUUCAAGCUCCACCAGCGUUCACCCGUACUGGAUCAGAGACUUGGAUACCAUCAUUAUGAAGACGCCAGAGCUGUUCCCGUGUCACGCCAACACCACCGCAGGCUUUUACGGCAACAGGAAGUCUCUCUCCCAGCAGCUGGAGCUCCCUCACAGCAUUCCACAGGCUGUGGUUAGACCAUCUCGCUCUCUAAGUUCUGCACAUUUGUUCCACUCCUGCAGUAGUGUUCAGGCCUUCAUCAUUUCCAACAUUGUCCUCAUGAAGGGCCAUUGCAAGGGCCUGGGAUUCAGUAUAGUAGGAGGUAGAGACAGCAUGUAUGGCCCAAUGGGGAUUUAUGUCAAGACCAUCUUUCCUGGAGGUGCAGCGGCCACUGAUGGGCGACUACAGGAAGGAGAUGAGAUACUGGAAUUGAACGGUGAAUCUUUACAUGGCUUGACACAUGAAGAUGCCUUACACAAGUUCAAACAAGUGAAGAAGGGUUUGUUAACACUGGUGGUGAGGACCAGUUUACGGAUAGGCGCCUUGCCAGGCAGCCAAGGGCAGGUGUCUCAAUUAUGCCGAUCCAGAUCGCUGAGCACCAGUACUAAUAUAAGCCAAGCCAGUGCUGACCUGGGAGACUAUAACUGCCUCAACAACCAUACAAAGCCUCAGGACAGAGUCAUGAUGGAGAUUACUUUGCAGAAGGAGUUUGGUGUAGGUCUAGGUAUUGGCUUGUGCUGCGUACCUUCUGCUUGGGGCUUCCCGGGAAUCUACAUUCACACCCUGUCACCAGGAUCAGUUGCCCACAUGGAUGGACGUUUAAGAUGUGGGGAUGAGAUCAUGGAGAUUAAUGACACGGUGGUUUGCAACAUUACACUGAACGAUGUGUACACAGUUAUGAGUCAGUGCAGCCCAGGCCCGGUUCAGAUCAUCAUCAGUCGACACCCUGACCCAAAAGUUUCUGAGAAGCAGUUAAGUGAGGCUAUUGCUCAGGCAGUGGAGCACAGCAAACUGAGAAAAGACAGGAGUCAAUGGAGUAUGGAUGGAUGUAAAAGCAGUCUAAGGAGAUCAGACGCCUGUUCCCACAGCAGACAAAAGUGUAUCCUCUGUCUAGAGCGGCGCACAAGCCAGUUGACUUGUAGACGAGCACAAAAACCCAUGAUCAGAUCCUGUAGUGAGGGUGCUUAUAGCCAACGAGGUAUACCAGCAAGUGCCACCACUCAAUCCCUCCUACAACCUGACCACGUGCCCAGAGUACAGAGCAUGGACAGUCCUUUUUUUACAUUCAACAGUGAAGCUUCACUUAAUAGCAGAUUGUCUCCAGCCUCGUACACUGACAACUAUAACAUUCCCUAUAAAUGUUCAGUCAAGUGCACUGGACAACAACUAUUAGAUGUGGCUACAGGUCUGGUGAGGAGUUCUAGGCAAGGACCAACAACCCAGCCACAGAGGUACUGCAGACAACAUGAAGUCACCGGUCAGGAAACACUGACUGAUUCAAGCAGCUCGAGUCGAGGUUCACCAGUGAAAGAGGAAGAUCUGUUGCCUUCUCAAAGCAACUGCCAGUUUUUCUACAGUCUAUAUAGGGCUUUGAGAAAGAUCUCAAGGCUUCUGUUUAAGAAUGAAGAGGGUGAAUGCUUAGAAGUAGGAACUAAAUUGUCUGUCUGUAUCUCUGAGCCUAAGCCUGCAAGUGACACAACACACAGAGGGGGCAGAGAGCAAAGAGGUCCAGAAUCCCCUUCCCACGAGUGCAGUCCGAGUAAGUGGGUUGGUCUGAGAUGUCAGGCGCGUGUGGAGGUCAGCACUGAUCAGCAAUUUGACCCCUGGGUAAAGCUCACUGACAGCCCAGAGAACCAGUCCUACUGUUCCAAAACCAUGAGUGACCAUAAUGAGGAUAAUGAUGUUAAUGGCACAGCCUCUGAAGCAAUGAACAUCAUCUCAGACUCUAAAUCUGAGCAACCUCCCAAUGUUAAAAAAGGGCCCCCAGUGGCUCCAAAGCCUGCAUGGGUAUACCAAAGCCUGAAGAGCAUCAAGUAUGGGAAACCAAUAACAGAGGCUUUGAAAUAUCCAGACAACAGGAGCCAGGAUACUAGCAGAACCUUUGGGAUUAGUCUGAGGGCUGCUUCACCGGGAGCCAAUUUAUCAUUUAGGCAGAAGAUCAGCUCGUUUGAGACAUUCUCAAAUGCAGAGGGAGCAGAAAGACCAAGCAGGCAUCUGACCCCAACUUCAUCUCUUCCUCUUAUGGAGAAGACGGCUAAAAUGCAGUCUGCUGACUACAGCAAUGCAGGGAGAACCAAGGUUAUCACAAGCACUUUACAAAAUAAUGAUAACUGCCAGUCUCCUUCAACAAUUUCAGCUACCAUCCAGCCUCCAGAGGAAGAAAAGCAAUCAGCUUCCCUCAGCUCAAAUAUAAUUUCAAAACCCCAUCCUCCAGAGGAAGAAAAGCAAUCAGCUUCCCUCAGCUCAAAUAUAAUUUCAAAACCCCAUCCUCCAGAGGAAGAAAAACAAUCAACUUCUCUUGGUUCAAAUAUCAUUUCAGAGCCCUGCAAGCCAAUUCCUGUUGAGAAACCCAUUCAUGGCUCUACAGCUGUCCCAAAAGAUCUUACACCUGCUGCUGGGUCUGAGCAGGAAUCCAUAUCUUCUCAAGAGAAGUCUCCCUCAACAAGCCAUGUCCCACGGAGGUCAAGCAGCUCAAAAGAGGGUCCUUCAGAAAAGCCAAGUUCAUCUGAAGGUGCUGGGACUCAUGCAGUGAGCUUGAGAACCCGGAGUCUACCCCUUAGUCCCUCUUCAGAUGCCCCCAUUCAAUGUUGCUUGGAAGGGGAGAGCCUGGGCAUCAUCCUGUCUUUCAGCAACCAGGUGUCCAAUGCUCUAAUGCGGUCCAUGCAAUCCCUGCCUCAGUCCCCUUGCGUGAGGUUUGGAAACCCCUGGAGUGCCCCAUCAGGAUCACCUCUUCAUAAUCCUGUAGAGGAAGACUCCUCUGCCGAAAAGCCCCCAGCUUCUCCAGGGCUAGAGAACAAUGAGAGGGGUUUUUCUGUAAGCCUGGCUGAACUGAGAGAGCGGACUAUUGAGAGAGGAGAGGAGUGUGAGAAGCAAGAACAUAAACCCGAACGACCUCUCACUUCAGCCUCAGCAGUCUGUGUCCAAUCUGUGUUCUCAGCCCUUCCACCACAGGAGAUCCAGCAGAUGAUUCAGGAAGUCAAGGAUCUGGAUGAAGACACACUAAAGCAACUGGAAGACGUCCACGUUGUGAUUCUACAUAAAGAUGAAGGAGCUGGCUUGGGUUUCAGCAUUGCUGGAGGUAUUGAUCUGGAGAACAAAGCAACUACAGUUCACAGGGUUUUUCCCAAUGGCCUGGCAGCUCAGGAGGGCACAAUAGAGAGAGGAGAUGAGGUGUUGUCCAUUAAUGGGCAAACACUAAAAAACGUCACGCACUGUGAUGCCACAGUGAUACUCAGGCAAGCUCGCACCAUGAAGCAGGCGGUGGUAGUGGUGAGCAAGAAUAAAGACUCAGAAGGGAAAGGAAGUGCUAAUGCUAAUGAAUCUAGCUGCAGCAGUGGAACAGAGAACAGCUUCACAGGGAAUCAUGGAGGUGAAGUUGUAACUGUCGAGCUGGAGAAGAAUGCAGGUGGAGUCGGUUUCAGUCUUGAGGGAGGAAAAGGCUCCAUUAAUGGAGACAGACCAUUGACCAUCAACAGAAUAUUUAUAGGGAGUGAUGCUGAGCAAAAGGGUCUUAAGUCUGGUGAUGAGGUACUGCAGAUUCAGGACUCAUCUCUGCAGGGUCUCACACGUUUUGAGGCCUGGACGCUGAUCAAAGGUCUCAACGACGGACCUUUUACUGUCGUCAUUAAGCGAAAAAGCGAUGUGAGCAGUGCUAAUUUCUACUCAAAAGCACUAUUAAACCCCCACGUCACACCAGAUGUAGUGUGAGAUUCUAGUCAACUUUAAAUUAUGCAAAACUUUUCAUUUCAAGCCUUAAAAAGAAAACAUCAUCACUUGCUAAAAAUGUCUGUACACAGUGCGUGCACAUUGGUCAAAAAGUGUGGGAACCCUUCACCAAAGAAAGUGAAGUUCAUGUUAAUAUCUAUUGUAAGUAAUGUUAAUGCAUAUCAUAUCAUAAAGUGUUGUUUUGUAAUGAUCUAGAAAUCACAGUUUUAAUAUUUCCAGAUAUUUCCAGGUUUUUCUUGACCGUGAGAACCCUGUUGGAGUCAUUUAGUUGUCUUGGACUCUAUUUGCUUCAUUUUGCCAUUUACACAUUUUGACAGUUGUAUAACUCUUUAAUAUAAUGUAUGAUGUGCGUGAGUUACUACAUGAUUAGGAAAACUUGCAGCAUUUUAUGAUAUUGAACUGUUUUACUGUCACGAUCAGGGAUUGCUAAAAAAAAAAAAAAAAAAAAAAAAAACAACAUGAUUCUUGUAAAGUCUGCCUGUUGUUAUGCUAACAUUUGCACAACCCUGUAAAUACAUUCAUUUCAGAUCUAUUUGUAAACAAUUUAACCACAGCAGACUGUAAAUCAAUAUAUUUUCUGUUUAUGUAAAAUUCUUCCCCUAGCAGUGCAGGACUCUACUUUAAUAUUAAAAGCAUAGCUAGUUGUGGAAAUAUCUAUUACUGUAACUUCUAACAGAAUCCACCUUUGACAGGUUAACAAAACAAAAAAGAAAAAAAAAGUAGUGUGCCAAACACUGCUAGUAUUCUGGUCUUGAUAGUAAUUUUCUGCUUCUCUUUAAUAGAAAAGUAUUAAUAUAUUGAAAUUGUGUUUGGACAAUGACAUUAAGUUUUUUGUAAUUCCCAAAUAAAGUAACUAGUAAUAAAACUGUAAACCUUG